AUGCGAUGGCCUUGGUCAAGCGACGAAGAUGAGCAGAGAAAAACUGGUCUUGCAGCAUGGACUGGGCCUCACAAUUCGAAUGAUUGGUUUACCUCAUUUCUUGAGCCAAGGACCCUGAUCCCAUCUAUCACACUCACAGCAUUCAGUGUCGCUGGCGUCCGCCUAUACAAAUCCUAUCUACGGCGGAUACCCACUAUCAAUCACAUCAAGCCCGACUAUUUUCGACGUAGGAGCCUGUUUGGUCAGGUCACGAGCGUUGGAGAUGCGGACAACUUCAGACUGUAUCACACACCUGGUGGACGACUGGUAGGGUGGGGCUGGUUACCAUGGAAGACUGUGCCGACGAAAAGAAACGAGCUCAUGAAGCAGACGCUCCACGUACGAAUUGCUGGAGUUGAUGCUCCAGAGCUUGCCCACUGGGGACGAGAGGCUCAGCCAUACUCUAAAGAAGCCCUGGAGAUGCUCACCGAUCUCAUCCUGGACCGUCGAGUUCGUGUGCAAAUCUUCAGACGCGAUCAAUACGACAGAGUGGUGGCACAGGUUUACGUGCGCAAAUGGUUCUUGAAGAAAGACGUAGGUCUGGAAAUGCUUAAGGCAGGUUUAGCAACCGUCUACGAGGCCAAGUCUGGGGCUGAGUUCGGAACUUCUGAAGAGAAGUACCGCGCUGCUGAAAGGCAGGCCAAAGAACGCAAGGCUGGGAUGUGGACAAGGCCGGGGCUGAUACAGAGAUUGGCUGGCGCAAAGACGAAGUCCCCAGAGAGUCCACGAGAAUACAAGACAAGACACGCGGCAGCAGAGAAGCAAAAGACAUGA